AGCUCGCAAUGGCGCAAAGAAGACCCGCGCAUCUCAGACUUUGGUCGCGAGAUCGUAGAUGAGUUUGCCGUGAUGCGCGAGAAAUACGAUACGCCUAAACACACCAUAGUCCUUGCCCACGGUUUACUAGGCUUCGAUGAACUACGAAUUGCCGGGCAGUUUAUACCGGGCAUACAAUACUGGCGCGGAAUAACAGACGCACUGGCGCACAAGGGCAUUGAGGUCAUCGUGGCUGCAGUUCCGCCUAGUGGAAGCAUCGAGGCGCGGUCUGCAAAACUGGCUGAGAGUAUUGCAGUCAAGGCAAAAGGUAAACAGGUCAACAUUAUUGCAGGCCUCGAUUCGCGUUACAUGAUUAGCCAGCUCCGACCGACCGACUUUAAGAUACUUUCCUUGACCACCAUAGCCACUCCACAUAGGGGCUCUGCUUUUGCAGACUACAUGUUUCAGACGAUCGGGCCUCGUCGGAUUAAACGUGUCUACAGUGUUAUGGAGUACUUUGGCUUUGAGACUGGUGCCUUCUCGCAACUUACACAAGAGUAUAUGCAGAACAGCUUCAACCCUAAGACGCCAGACAUACCAGAUGUCAGAUAUUUCUCGUAUGGUGCGUCUCUCGAACCGACUCGAUGGUCCGUCUUCGCACCUUCGCAUGCCAUUAUCAAACAGAAAGAGGGUGUGAACGAUGGACUAGUCAGUGUCCAGUCCAGUCGCUGGGGCGAUUACAAAGGCACUCUGAUUGGUGUAAGCCAUCUCGACCUGAUUAAUUGGACCAACCGUCUCAAGUGGUUCUUUUGGGAGCUCACAGGCAGCAAGCGCAAUUUCAAUGCUAUUGCAUUUUAUCUUGAUAUCUGCGAUAUGCUAGCGAAGGAGAACCUGUACAUUGUUGUGAAGCUUGAAGGCGAGAGCAGGACCAGGCUACUGGCACCCAUACAUCCAAACAGGCCAGACAAGCAGAGACCAGUCCUAGAAGUGCACAAGUUCUUGUACAAGACACAAGUGGUAUGGCCGACGAAUGUGCGUCCCGAAGACAUCGCCCAGAACUCGAAAGCGGCCUUCACUAUCAAUGCUGGGUCCUUUGAGUAUCCGUUUCAGUUCAAGCUGCCUCUGAACACGCAAUGUCAGCAGACAAACAAUCCCAUCUCUAAUGUUUCCUUCUCAAAUGCGAUCCCCGAAUUCGCAAAGACACCAACACAACACGUCAAGGCGACACUUCCUCCUACACUAAGUGGUUUCCCAGGGGAGGCCGAGAUACGAUACUAUGUCAAGGUCACAGUGAAUAGGCCGCAGUUCUUCAAAGAGAACCCGAGAGCGAUAGCGAACUUCACUUUCCUCCCAAUCGAACCUCCGAGACCAGACAAGACAGAUGGAGAGGCAUAUGCAAGGCGACAACACGAGUUUCUGGAGAAUGCACCGAGCGUGGCAGCGGGCAAAAGGCUGAGCUUCUUCGAUAGAAAGAACUCGACGGGGAGUAUCCCGCCAUCGCCGACAUCAGGCAGUGUACCACCUCGGGUAGCGAUCGAUGCGCGAUUGCCCAAUCCUGCGAUCCUUACUAGUAACCAAGACGUGCCACUAAGACUGCUCGUGAAGAAUGUCAGCGCGCGUACAAAGAACAUUUACCUACAGAUGCUCCAGAUUGAGCUGAUAGGAUACACUAAGGUACGUGCGCACGAAGUGUCGCGUACGGAGUCGAAUAGUUGGAUAUUGUGUUCCUUCAGUAAUAUGGCUAUCCCAAUUGGAUCUCCGGAAGACCCUGUAGAUACGGAGGUUCCCAUCAAUGCGGAGUACUGGUCUGGAAAGCCGGUGCCCAACACCGUAUCGCCCAGCUUCACAUCAUGCAACCUUGCGCGUUUCUACGAAUUGGAGAUACGCGUUGGCAUCGGUUAUGGAAGCUACAAGCACGGUGAAGAUCAGCUCAUCGUUCUACCACUUAGACUACCAGUCAAGGUCUAUUCAGGCAUCGCUCCGCCCAAAGCUCUUUUGGAAGCUGGUUUCAAUGCAGGGAAGCCCGGAACUCUUGCCCCGCCACCCCACGCGGCCCCUCGUCCUCACACUCCAACGACGCCAACCCAUGGAGGCUUUGAUAGUGCCAAUGCCUUCUCUGGACAACCAAUACAACCCCAGCAUGCUCCUGCGUAUGACGAUGCCCCACCGAGCUACGAGGACGCGAUUGGACAGGAUCUUCCUCCGAUCAAUGGGUACAGAGGCAGUUACCAGCCUCCUCCUAUGCCCGAAGGCGCGCCAAGAUUUUCCGAUGAGAAGAGACGAUGA